AGUCCAGUGAAGAGGGAGGGUUUUACCUGAAUGUGUGUGGGUUUCAGAAAAGACACAAUCAGGUGGGAAUGGAGGAUGCGAAAGAUGAACAGACCCUCUUUAAAGGGUUUCCGGAAAGGCUUACCCUUGGAAUAACCCGAGUUUUGGGAAGUUUUCCCGGUGUGUCAAAUGUGCGGUUUGUCGAGAAAGAACCUGCAGAGAAGCGAUGUCUCCUAUCAUGGGAACAGAAAAACAACUGCACUUUACCGGAGGACCUGAAGGACUUCUACCUCACCACAGAUGGCUUCACUCUUACCUGGAGCGCCAAGCUGGAAAAUGACCCAGUCCCUAUAGGCUGCAUGGUGAUCAACAGCAUAGCGAAGCUUCGUCUGCUUGUGCAGUCCAAUAUUUACUCCCUCCCUGGUGCACCCACCGUAGCUGACCUUGACUUCAAGGAUGACUUAGAAGAGGAACAAGAACAGCCUCACUUUGACUCCCGUAGCCGAAUCUUCGAGCUUGACCCCUGCAGUGGAAAUGGCAGGGUCUGUCUUGUUUACAAAAACUGCACUCCAGACGCUGUGGCUAAAAAGAGUGAAAUAUGGUUUCUGGACCGGUGUUUAUACUGGCACUUUCUCACUUCCUCCUUCACUGCAUACUACAGGCUCAUGAUAACACACUUAGGACUGCCGGAGUGGCAGUAUGUCUUUACCCCGUACGGGCCCAGUCCACAAGCCAAGCAAUGGUCUCUCUAUCAGCCGCUUUUGUUCCAUGGUGACUCCCAUUCCGAUUCGCCUAGUGAAACAUUCAUGAACAAUCUGGACCCAGACAAGGCUUUCUGUGGCAAAACCAAGCCUCCUGCGCCCAAGAAAAAGCAGCCCAGGCAGGCCCCAUCAGGUGGAGGUCCUGCCAAAGGUCGCGGAUCAAAAGCAGGCAAAGCUUGAAGAGACAAUCGCAUGGUUUAUUUAAACAUACUCAAAUAAUGUUGAGUUAAUGAGUGCAAUAUUGUGAACACGUUUUUUUUCAGGGUGAUGAAAUUUUAAAGGAAUGUAUUUGAAAUGCUGUUGAAUUCUCAAUACUAAAUAAAUGUCUAUAAAAGCA